CUUUGAACCCAUUCAGCUGGGAUCUGCCAUUGAAGCUGUCAAGUAUGACACCGAAAAGCAUGGGUUUAACAUCGAAUCUGUCAGUGCUGAACUUCGUUAGUAGCUCCUUAAUGAAGCUUUUGAUUCCAGUGGUCUGAUGCCAACUGCAGACCUUGAUCUGUAUCGCCGAAUCCGAUUAAUUAACUAUAUCCGUAGAAACAAAGUGAAACCGUCGGAUCUUGAUAAUCUGCACGGAAACGAAGAUUUCUUCUCAGAAGCCUCAUAUCUUCAGCCUGUCAUCGAGAAUGAUCCUUUAUUGCAGUUGGAUACCGGGGACUGGUCUGACGACGACUCGCAGAAGCUGGAUCCACGGCGGAGCGCAAACAGCAAUACGGGGGGCAGUGUUGAUAUCUCUACCGAAAGCCAAGUAGAGGCUUUAGGGACUCAACUUCGAGAGGAACAAUCAAAAACCGCAUAUUUGCAAUCACUUGUUCAAGAAUUGGUAGGAUCUAAGGGUGACAUCAGGCCCGGUUCAUCCAUGAAACCCUCAGCGUUGGAACUUGUAGAGGGGCGGCCUAUAAGGGACGAUGACUCCCACUACUUCGACAGCUACAGCUACCAAGAGAUACACGCCACAAUGUUGCAGGAUCAUGUUCGCACAUCGUCUUAUGCGAAGUUCAUCCUCUCAAACCCACAGCUAUUUCAUGAUAAGCUAGUAAUGGAUGUUGGCUGCGGAACCGGUAUCUUAUCCCUGUUUGUGGCCCGUGCAGGCGCAAAGCAUGUCUUCGCAGUGGAUGCAAGUAGCAUCGCGGUUAAAGCACGUCAAAUUGUCAAGGACAAUGAUCUGGAGGACGUUAUCACUGUUAUUCAAGGGAAAGUGGAGGAUAUCCUACUGCCGCCUCCUUACAGUGAUCCCUCCGUCAAAAUCGAUGUCAUUGUCUCAGAAUGGAUGGGUUAUGCACUGCUAUAUGAGUCCAUGCUUGACUCCGUGCUUGUGGCGCGUGACCGCUUCCUUUGCAAACCUUCGGAGGACGAUCCAAUAGGCGGAGUGAUGGCUCCAAGUCAAUGUCAAAUGAUAAUGGCAUUAGGUGAUUCCUCCGAUAUUGUGAAAGACAGGAUAACAUUCUGGGAGGACGUAUAUGGUUUCAAGAUGACAUCCAUGGCCGAGGAGGCAUACGCUGACGCGCUCAUUGAGGAUGUCAAACCAGACGCGAUCAUGAGUGAUUUAGUGGUGAUCAAGGAUCUUCAUUUGCAGAGAAUUGUCCCAAGGGAACUAGAUUUUACUUCUUCCUUCAAGCUAACCGCCACAAAGGAUGGCGUGGUGCGCUCAUUCAUCCUGUACUUUGACAGCUGGUUUAUGCCAGAUGGAUCGGAUGUCCCUCCGGAUGCAGAGGUCACUCUGGUGGAGCCCAGUGGUACCCUCGUGCCCACCGCUGAAUAUCUUCAGGUUGGACCCUCCAAAGCGAGGUCCACCUCGGAUGCGACUAAACCAUUGCCCCUUCGGCGGCGGUCCACUAGUGCGAAAAAGAUGCCCACCGUGGUUUCCUUCUCAACUGGUCCCAAUAGUUUCCCGACUCAUUGGAAACAAACAAUCUUUCUGCUCAAAUCACCUUUCAAGGUCAUAGAAGGCUCGAUAGUCUCCGGAUCGUUCCACUGUCGUAAAAGCGACAGCAAUUCGCGCGCACUCGACGUUGAAAUUCAUUACGCGGUCUCCCACACUGGCCUAGGCGUUACUUCUCCAAAACUAGUGUCCAGCCCAUUUUUGACCGUACAAACAUUCAACGUACGGUGAAGAUGCACGGCGAUCCUUAUUCAAACGUCACUUGCCCCUUAUAAGCACAUUUCAUGAGAACCCUGGCUAUCUGAUCUAUGUAAAGUGCUGUACUAUAUAUAUGGAACUACAUCUUGGAGAACCCAAACAUCCUCCAGACGUGACAAAGUGGACGACUGCUCGAGGUCAUGCUAGUUCUGCAUCCUGAACACUGGUCACGGUGGGAUUUCUGACGCAAGAAGGGCUGUUAAUUGGGGGAAUGCCAGUCCUGUGACGUUGCACGGAGUUCGAAACAUGUGUGCAUAAAGGUUGUGUCCGCCACUCUGGGGCACACCGUUAGAUAGUGUAGUUUGUUCUCAACCUGGCCUUCAUCCUGUGGCUGCAGCUCCAUCUGGUAUGAACAUAUUCGCGC